AUGGCACCAAAGGUCUUCCUAACAGGAGUUACAGGCUAUAUUGCCGGUGAUGCCUUGCAUCUACUCCAUGAAAAGCACCCUGACUGGGACUACACAUGUUUGGUUCGUACAGAGGACAAAGCGAAGAUUGUCAAAGAAGCCUACCCAAAUGUGAGGAUUGUGCUGGGCGAUCUCGAAGCAUGCAGUAUUCUCGAAGAAGAAGCAGCAAAGGCAGACAUUGUCCUCCGCGCUGCCAAAGCCAUUGCUGCUGGUCUUGUGAAAGGGCAUUCUUCCGACAAGCCCGGCUACUGGCUACACACUGGGGGCACCGGUAUCUUGACAUAUACAGACUCGAAGGAUGACUUCGCUGGCCUUGGCAAAUGGACUGACAAAGAGUACAACGAUCUAUCCGGUGUCGAGGAGUUGACCUCGUUACCAGAUGAGGCUUUCCAUCGCAACAUCGACAAAAUCGUCCUUGAAACUGGCAUCAAGCAUGCCGACGCUGUGAAGACAGUCAUAGUCUGUCCGCCAACGAUCUAUGGCAAAGGUCGUGGUUCUGUUGCUGGUCGAGGCCGCCAGGUCUACGAACUCGCAAAGCUGGUGCUCACGAAGAAAUAUAUCCCUAUCAUUGGUGACGGCAAAGCACGAUGGAACAGUAUUCACGUCGCGGACCUGAGCGAGGUGUUCCUGCUGUUGGCCGAGAAGGCGGCACAACAAGACGAAAACCCCGAGCUUUGGGGUGCGAAAGGCUACAUCUUCACCGAAAACGGAGAGCACGUGUGGGGUGACCUUGCUCGUCACAUAGGUCGAGAAGCCGCACGACUGGGAUAUAUCCCCGAAGCAAAAGAAGGUGCGUUAGGAAAAGAUGAAGCUCUUGAGCAAGCAGGAUUCGAGGCCGUAUCGUGGGGUUUGAAUAGUAGAGGCAAGGCAGAGCGCGCCAGGAAAUACCUGGGGUGGACGCCGAAACAGAACUCGAUUGAAGACGAAGCACCGAAGAUACUGGAGCAGGAGCACAAGAGACUCCAGAAAUGA